AUGGAGACGGAAACUUUCGAGAGAUUAAGCAGAGAAGGUUACAGAUCGUCAAGUGAGACCGAUAGCGAGAAAGAGAACAGUUUUCCGUCUUCUUCUCCGGUGAUUUCCACGGCGGCGAACAAGUACGAGACACCGACUCCGGCGAAGAAUCUCACUUUCGUCGUCGAAAACCCAAAGGCGGCGACUUUUAGGGUUGAGGAUUGCUUGAAAGAGAAGCAGCGAGAGAAAACAGAGAAGGUUUACUCUGUUUCUUCCUUCGAGAAGAAAAAGCUCAGAUUUUUAACAGAGGACGAUUUUCUGGAGUCGGAUUCUGAUUCGAGUCACACAUUCACAAGCAACGAAGAUCGGUUUUUGUCAGAUUCCGAUUUCGGAGAAACCUCGCCGGAGGUUGAGAAAGGGCAAAAUCGUAAAAACGACAAUUCUGGCUCUGUUUCUGGCUCUGACUCAGAGGGUGGUGAAGAAGGAGAAGAAGAUACGAACGAGUUCGAGAGUUUAUGGGAGCAUCAGGAUUUGAUUGAGCAGCUUAAGAUGGAGAUGAAGAAAGUUAAAGCAAUCGGUGGGCUUCCGACAAUUCGUGAAGAAGAUGAAUGUUGUCCUAAGAUUAUGGAAGAUUUAAAGCCAUGGAAGAUCGAAGAGGAGAAGAAGUUUAAACAUGUAGAUACGAUUGGAGAAGUUCACAAGUUCCAUAGAAGUUACAGAGAAAGAAUGCGAAAGCUUGAUAUCUUGAGUUUUCAGAAAUCUUAUGCUCUUGGGCUUCUUCAAUCAAAGAACACUCAACAAGCAACCUCGACCGUUGGAUCCUCUCCUUCACAUGCCACGUUUUCAUCGGUUUUCUCGGUUAAUCUCCGGUUAUGGAAACCGAAGAAAUCAGAAACAGAACCAAUGGUUCAAUUCAUCAAGGAGAUUCAUGGAGAGUUAGAGAACGUCUACGUUGGUCACAUGUGUUUAUCAUGGGAGAUUCUUCACUGGCAAUACCAAAAAGCCAUUCAAUUACACGAAUCCGAUGUGUACGGUUCUCGUCGGUACAACGAAGUCGCCGGAGAGUUUCAACAGUUUCAAGUCUUGCUUCAGAGGUUUCUUGAAAACGAGCCUUUCGAAGAGCCUAGAGUACAACAUUACAUCAAGAAACGUUGUCUCCUCCGUAAUCUCCUUCAAGUCCCGGUUAUACGAGAAGAUGGAAUCAAGGACAAGAGGAAAGGAAGAAGAAGAGAUUGCGAUGAAAAUGAUGAUGAAGGAGCGUUUAAAAGCGAUCAGCUUGUGGAGAUUAUGGAGGAAACGAUUAGAUUGUUCUGGCGGUUUGUGCGGUGUGAUAAGCUAACUAGCUCGAUUCAUGAUCAGAAAUCAAGAACCAAGUCACAGAUAGAACCGGAUCAUGAGGAAGACUCUGAAGAUCUUGAGAUGUUUGCAGAGGUCAAAUUACAACUUCAAAAUAAGGAGAAGAGGUUGAGAGAUGUGUUGAAGAGUGAGAGAUGUAUCAUAAGAAGAUUCCAAAAGCACAAGGAGGAAGAUUCAGCGGAAGAUCAAGUGCUUCACUUCUUCUCGCAAGUGGACAUGAAGCUUGUGACAAGAGUCUUGAACAUGUCGAAAUUGAGUAAAGAUCACUUGGUUUGGUGUCAUAAUAAGUUGAACAAGAUUAGCUUUGUGAAUAGAAGGUUACUUUUAGAUCCUUCCUUCUGUCUCUUCCCUUGUUAA